AUGUCAGCGGGGUUGAUGUCGUGUGUGCGCGAAAACUCGCCACCACUGGAAAACGCCACCGCACAAGUGCAAGACAUCCCGAUAACGAUCACCACUCCCGAAACUGCAGCUGCACCGCCCACCACCAGUGACACCAGCAAACGGAAACGGUUCCAUCCGCUGCGCAAUCUUCGUCGGAUUUUCCGCCGCCGAACCGUAUCAUCGGCAGACCGCGCACCGGGCCAGCUCGGUGCUAAAGGAACGCCAACGCACAUCCACUUUGCCACGCCCGGGUGCUCGACGACCGAUGCGACUCUGCCACGGGCCAGUUUCGGCGUACCGAUCACGAUCCGUGGCGAUCCGACGGCCGUUUCGGGCACUUCCCAGGCGGGCCAACCGCCAGGGGUGUACUUCCGGCGCGAAACCUACCGCCUGCGGAACUCCGAUGAUCUAGAGAAGGAGAUGUCCGACUAUCAGCGCAGUCUCAGCGAAGGACGACUUGUGGACAGUGAUAUCAGCCGCGAUGGACUUUCGCAAUCGCACGACAGUGUAUUCUCCGAAUCAGCCGGCACCGCCAGCAGCUUAUCGAUCACGUUAAAGAACGAACUAGCUGACGUGUUGCGCAAGCGAAGAAAGGACCGACAGGGCGAAGUGUCGGACGAAGAUCUCGGGCUACCGUUGAGCCCCAUCACGCCCCAGCGCAAGGAUCGCGGCAUGAACAAGAGCGAAGGAUCACUUAGCAUACUCAGCAUGACCAGCUCGGACAUGGACGACGAUCGAUCCGCCUCGAACACGAGUGGGCACAAUUUGCUGCACCUGGAUUCAUCCGCUUCCGGCUCGAUCGGUGCCAAUCGAUCGGACAACAUGGACGAGAGUGGCGACUCCUCGAAGCUUAGCCAUUCUGCCGCGAAACAUAAGCUUGCCGUACGACCAAAGAAGAAGGGCCCAACCAGAGCGCGUGCCCGUCCAAGAGAGUCAACGCUCCUGCCAGCGACACCAGAAGUGAACGAAGAAUCCCUAAAGUUGUCCUCCACAAACAUCGCGGCCAGCUGCUCCCCUGCGAAAGAAGCCACCGGCAAAGCGCAAGUGAUCGUGGCCUCAACUCCACUGCCACGGGUAUCUUGCAGGGACUCGAUCAGCACGUCGAUGUUAUCCGUUGGUGGGGAAACCAGCUCGUCGAUCUACGUCAACCGGGGCAUCUCGAAAAGCCACGAGUUCGAGCGACCUUCCACCGAACAUUUGCUAACGGUUGAAGGCACCACCAGCCGGAAGGACGACGAUGGGUUCUUCAAGCGCAUUCUCAACUACAGCUUCAAGAAGAAGAAACACGAGGGCAAAGAGGACACCCAACCAGAAGGUCCGGUGGGAUCACCGAGGAAGGAAGACAACACCAGCAGCGUGUACAUUUGUGGACCCGAUCCAACACCCCCGGAAGUGACUGGUCCAACGGAGCAGCUUAUGAAGCUGUCCCUAGUGGUCGGAGAACCACCGGAGUUGACGGAACUGAGCGGCUAUCGGAAGAUUAAAUCCGGCCCAGCCUCACGACAGCGCGUUUUCCCGAAGGACCUCUUCCAGGGGGAUGAUCACCAGCAGCAAACGCCGACACACCGAUAUUCCUCCAACGUGGAGGUGAACCGACAAUCGGUCGCAUCCUCCGGAAGUGGUCACUCACUCGCGGUUACUGACGGUGGUAAGGUGCCACUGCACAAGAGCGAAGAGUAUCUUGUGCCAAAGUCCCGCAAGCUUUCCGAGCGUAGUGUCGACGGGGGAGAAGGCGAUGAUGAGGGCAGUGAUGGUCGACGGUACGUCAGUAACGGUGAUAGGUUGAAGAGUGCCAAAAUGCACGGUGCGGCCUAUCAGCAGAAGUCAAGUAAAGGUCAAUCGAACCACACGCCCACGGACAGCCCGAGCAAGCGCGCUAAAUCGGUGGAAAAGUCGAAAAGCUUCCGCACACACACGGACAGUGUGUCGAACCAGCUGCAGGCUGGUACUGGCCAUCAGGUACCGAGUUUGCCUAACCUCAGCUCCUCGCUUUCGGUGGGUAACUUCAGCAGUGGGUUCCUCGAGACCGAGCACAAGUUCUUCAGCAUGACGGAGAACAUGCACGGUGGUCGACCGCGCGUUUUCAAGGACUACAUUAGCAACGCGGACGAUGAUGGUGGUGGUGGUGGUGACGCUCGGAUGAUGUUGUCAGCGAGUGCGUCCUUGCAGCGGUUCGAGAUCAACGACAACAACCUGUUGAAUCCGCGCGAGGAGUACGUUGAUCACCAGCCGAAGAGUAUCGUGCUGACGACGAAUACGCUAACACCACCGGAACCGGCUGGGUCCGGGCUGCACAAAUCGAACCAGAACAUCUCGCAGAUUGAGGAAAACAUCGAUAAGCUCGUUUCCUCGCAGUUCGUCAGCAUCAUUCGCAGUUCGGAUGAGGGAAGUAGUACUGAGCGGCUGGACGAAGAUCCACCAGGCACCGUGCCCGAGUUCAUGAAGAUUCAGCUGAAUCGGGUUGAGGGUGGACAACGAACGUCCACCCCCAAGGUGGGUGGACUCGUGCUGACGUCAUCACCGACACCCGCGCCACCCACUUCGCCCGCCAUCGCUAGUCCCACGUCCGGUGCGCCCGACGAUGCCAUACGGAUGCAGCAGCGGCGUUUCAGCAACGAGAACAUCGAGAUCACGGAAACGAAACCACCGCUUCCACCGUCGGUGGCGCGGGUGAGCGUGGGUGCGCAGGAACCCGGUGCCCCCCGUAGCCCACCCGCCUUCCGCCGACCGGCAAGCGGUGGAAGUGCCGGCGAGCUCGCCGGAACCAAGCGCAACUCGAUGAAUCUCUCGCAGGAGCUGAGCGACGAUCGGAAGGUGAUCCUGCAGCGGCGCACCUCGGUGACGGAGGAGAAGAUCAAGUACGAGCGGAGGAUAUCGUCGUCCUCGGAGGACAUCAAGUUCGAGAAGAAAAAGUCCACCUCGGAGGAGCUGCUCGAGAAGCCCGCCCGGCCUAGUAACGGUGGAACGGGAACAGCUGGAGGUGGUUCGAAUUACACGAGCGGAUCGAGCAGUGGGGAUGAGUUGGUGGUGUUGCGGAAGAAGUUCGCCGGUGUGGGUGAUCGUGAGGGUAAAGAUCGUGAUGGAACGCCUGAGCUGAUGAAGGUGUUUGCAAGGCGAUCGCUUAAGCUACGCUCGGAUGAUGAUUACAAGGUGAAUGACGGUGGUAAGCCACUUUCCAGCAUCGACAGUGACAAGGAGAACCAAUCGAGUGAGGAGAAGCUGGAUAAGGUGGGUUUGCAGCAGAUGAAAGCCUCCCAACAGCUGCAGCAACAAGAGCCGGUGGUUCUCGCGCCAUCAACCACCGAACGGCAGGUACCGGUGACGAAUGGGUCGGGAAAACUCGGACCGGAAGGAACCGGAACACCACGAUCGAAUGGUCCCACCGAAAACGGAAGCUUACCUGCGGCUGGUGAGGCGGUUCUGCGGAAAAGCGUUACCAGCAAACCGUUCGGAGUGCCAAACCGCUUCGGGAAUGCCACCAAUGGAGGUCCUCCAAGGAAUGCGGCCUCCUUUGUAGAGGUUCGUAAGGCAUUGCUGCCGAAUGCGACGGUUCCGGUGUUGCCAGCGAAUAACAACAACUUUGUCGGUAAACCGGAGACGGGUGAAAAUCAAACCAAUGGCAACAAUAACACCGUCAACGCGAACCGCCAUACGAUCGCGUCGUUGAAUCAGCUUAACAGCGCCAACGGAGUUGUCGCCGGGACUGGCGGUGUUGCCAUCAACAACAACGCACCAGCGGCGAUCAUCGAGAACGAAGCCGGAAUGGGUGAGAUCAACGAGUUUAAGGGCAUCCUGCAGCGCCGAGCGGAGUGGGAAAAGCGAGCGAAGGAAGGCUUCAAGUAGGCACACCCCACCGAGGCGUAUUUUAGGACCAACCCAACCCUGCCCCUGGAUUAGCUGGAGGGAACGUAGACCCUCGAGCUUGAAGCGUUCCCGGUGAAGCCUUCGUUCGUUUUGUAGUUCCAGCUGCCUGAACAGACGCGUUUGUUCCCUUGCAACAAAGACACCACCACCACCGUACAUUGAUAGGACCUGAGUCGAUAGGACGACGCGCACGCAUGUUAUAGAACGCCUUAUGCCAGGAGUCGCUAGUUCGGGACGGCUGCAUUCGUUUACGUUGGCUAUUCGUUCUUGCGUUCUCCCGCCAAAGGAUCUCGUUAGCUCCGUUAGCUAGUGUAGUGUUGCAGGCAGCCAAGCGCGGUGAUCGAUUCCCAAAUGUGAUAGACAAAAAGCAAAAGAAGCAAAACAAGUGCGAGGAAUUGAGAACCCAUGAGUUGAUGGAUCCUUAACCGCGAUCAUAUGAGUUGUUCCCUGUUGCUCCGUUGCUUGCAUCAGACUGCUCUACGUUCGUGUUGUGAUCGUUGUGUUGCGGGAUUAUAGAGAUAUUAUAUAGAUACAGACAGCGGGCGGCAUUUCUCGAUGGUCAAUUGAUUGUGGACAGUGGAUGCGAAAGUUUAAUUACGGCUGUUGUGUUUUUGUGGCCGUUGUGCUUUAGGUGCAACGAUCCGAU